AUGAUAUCACCAUUUUGAAAAAAGAAAACACUUCAUCUUUUGCUUGAAGAGGCUUUAAUUUUUCCUCUAUAAAAGUGUCUCCAAUUUCUAUUCAUUUUGUUCUUCACCAAAACCAAAAUUACAAAUUUAUCAGUGUUGAAAUUGUUGUUUGGGAUUUGAAAAUGGGAAGAUCUCCUUGUUGUGAUGAAAAUGGUGUGAAAAAAGGGCCAUGGACUCCUGAAGAAGAUGAGAAGUUGAUUGAAUUUGUGGCUAAAAAUGGCCAUGGAAGUUGGAGAAAUCUUCCAAAGCUUGCUGGUUUGAAUAGGUGUGGAAAAAGUUGUAGGUUAAGAUGGACAAAUUAUCUUCGACCUGAUAUCAAGAGAGGAAAAUUCUCCGAAGAAGAAGAAGCAUCCAUUAUUAAGCUUCAUUCACUCCUCGGAAAUAGGUGGUCGAAAAUCGCUAGUCAUCUUCCCGGGAGGACGGAUAAUGAAAUCAAGAACUUUUGGAAUACCCAUUUAAGGAAAAAGCUUUUACAAAUGGGAAUUGAUCCAAACACACACAAGCCAAGAACAGACCUAAAUCACUUUCUCAACCUAUCUCAAUUGUUUAAUAAUGGGAUACCAAAUCCUCUAAAUAGUGAUCAUCUCAAGUUGCAAGCAGAAAUAGCCAAACUCCAGUUACUACAAAAUCUUUGCCAACUUCUAAACCCAACCACUGCAAUUCCUACCACCAUUAACAACAAUAAUGGACUUCAAAACCCUAACCCUAGCCAAUUUCAAGCUGGUUCUUCUUCAACCGGUUUUGCGCAGGUAUCGGGGUUCGAAGAUGGGGACAAGAUUAAAGCUAAUAAAUUGGAAGAAAUGGGAAGUUUUGAUUACGUUAUUCAACCUGAGAAUUAUUAUCAACUUCCUCCAUUGAUUUUAGAAUCUCCUGAUGGUUCGACUUCAAAUGUUAACCAACAAAUCGAGAGUAUUGAAACAAAUCCAUUGUGUUUCUCCACCAAUUCAAACUCACCUACUCCAUCCUCUUCUAUUUUUGAUAGUUUGGAGUCUUUGAUGAAUGAUGAUGAAGCAAGUGGAUCAUACUGGAAGAAUAUUCUACAAUCAACAAUUUGAUAUAUCUCACAAAGCUUUCAAAAAAUGGAGAGUUUAAUUUAUAUACACAAAGUGGGCAUGCAUCUCAUGAUUUGAUUUAGAAUAUGGGGUGUUUGAAGGAUUAUAUUAUGGUGUGGAUUGUUAAUUCUUAUAUAUAUUCUUUUUUUCAAAACCCCUUUUUCUCUUUUUAAUUAUAUAUAGUGUUCAUAUAAAUUUUCAAUGUACCUCAAAAUCAAUAUGUAAUAUGCCAAACAAAUAUCCCAAAUAGGGUUAUAUAGGAUUUAUAUGUAUAAUUAGUUCAUUGCAUUAAAUCUUUAUAUGCAUUUUGUUUUAUUUUGUAUACAAUAUCACCAUGAUAAUAAUACUUGAAGUUUUUUU